UUGUUAGCUUUGCCAUUUAAAUUUUGAAGCAAUCAAAUUCUCAAAUUAUCUAACGCGCUCCCCAAGCACCAAGAAAAACCCUAAAAACGAAAAGAAAGCAGGGCCGUCGAAAGAACAGUCAGACCUCAAUGAGCUUCAACAACACUCGUCACCAUGCUACCAAAAUCCGCUUCAAUGACGAAGAAGAAGAAGAGGAGAGCUCCAAUCUCGAUGACUCUAUUGUAGCCACUGAAAAAUCCAUUGCUAUUGAUGACGUAUCUAUGCAAGACCCCGACGUCUCCUUUGUCGACGGCUGCGAUGAUGAUAAAACCAGCGCCGAUUAUUACUUCGAUUCUUACUCUCACUUUGGUAUUCAUGAAGAAAUGCUGAAGGAUGUUGUGAGAACUAAAACAUACCAAAAUGUUAUUUACCAGAAUAAAUUUUUAUUCAAGGAUAAAGUGGUACUUGAUGUUGGUGCUGGGACUGGAAUUUUAUCCUUAUUCUGUGCCAAAGCUGGGGCUGCCCAUGUUUAUGCGGUCGAGUGCUCCCACAUGGCUAACAUGGCUAAAGAGAUUGUUGAAUCAAAUGGAUAUUCCAAUGUUAUAACAGUUUUGAAGGGAAAGAUUGAAGAGAUUGAGCUACCAGUUGCUAAAGUAGACAUAAUUAUUUCAGAGUGGAUGGGAUAUUUUCUGUUGUUUGAGAACAUGUUAAACUCAGUCCUGUACACGCGUGAUAAAUGGCUUGUCAAUGAUGGAAUUGUGCUGCCAGACAAAACCUCUCUCUAUUUGACAGCCAUUGAGGAUGCAGAAUACAAAGAAGAUAAGAUUGAAUUUUGGAAUAAUGUCUAUGGCUUUGAUAUGACCUGCAUCAAGAAGCAGGCCAUGGGGGAACCUCUUGUCGACACUGUUGAUCAGAAUCAAAUUGUUACAAAUUGCCAGAAACUCAAGACAAUGGACAUCUCUAAGAUGGUAUCUGGGGAUACAUCCUUCACAGCUCCUUUUAAGCUUGUAGCAGAACGUGAUGAUUUCAUCCAUGCAUUAGUAGCCUACUUUGAUGUAUCAUUUACGAAAUGUCACAAGUUGACGGGCUUCUCUACAGGGCCCAGAUCUCGAGCCACGCACUGGAAGCAAACAGUCUUGUACCUAGAAGAUGUGCUAACCAUUUGUCAAGGGGAGGCACUAAGUGGAAGUAUGACUGUGGCACCGAACAAAAAGAAUCCUCGUGACAUUGACAUAAUGAUCAAAUAUUCAUUGAAUGGUCGACGUUGUGUGGCCUCGAGAACUCAACAUUAUAAAAUGCGAUGAGUUGCAUGAACGGAUCUUCAAAUUUGCAACAGUUGGUGGGCUGACAUCGAUGCUCUAAACUGCUACCUGUUAGCAGGAUGUAUUUGGAAACAUGCAUCUAUUUCUUUUAUUUCCAGGAAUGAGAGAAAUGUUUUGGUUGGCCAAAAUGUCACCUGUUUGUAAUCUCAAUCGCUUCCCAUUUGGCAAAUGCAAUGGGUGAUUGCAAUCGUCCUGGAAUUUCUAAAUUUUCAUUUGCAAUAUCAUUCCAUUUCGUGAUAA